AUGGAUUCUUGGCAAGCAAAUCCUCCACCGCAAAGAAUGUCCAACUUCCGCAAAGAGUGUCCAACUUCCAUCGAAAGAGUGAAGCGUGAGAUCUUCGGCGUUUUAGCCAAGUCCGUUGUUUCCACCGCCGUGAGUGCCGGUGGUGUGUUCAGGAGGAAAGCUGGAGGUGGUGGUGGUUCUUCCUCCAUUACCACUACUCCGACGAGCGGCUACACUUCCGAUCAGAACAGUGAAUCCUCUUAA